GGCGCCUAGAACGAAAAAGUGAAACUCUUUUCGGUGUUUUCCCCCAAUUUAUCGCUCAAAUAGCCAAUAUAGAACUUAAUGAACCAUACUUACCGAAGCCAAGGAUCUAAGAUACAUCCAAGAUGAGUAAUAUCUACAUCCAAGAGCCUCCAACGAAAGGGAAAGUGCUUUUGAAGACGUCAGUAGGAGACAUAGACCUAGAGCUGUGGUCCAAGGAGGCCCCUCUGGCGUGUCGGAACUUCGUGCAGCUGUGUCUGGAGGGGUAUUAUAAUGGCACGGUCUUCCACAGAGUGGUUCGAGGGCUGUGUGUGCAGGGUGGAGACCCCACCGGUACGGGGGAGGGGGGCCAGUCUGUCUACGGAAAACCCUUCAAGGACGAGUUCCACCAGAGAUUACGAUUUGUCAGACGAGGCCUGGUUGCCAUGGCAAACUCCGGACCUAACGACAACUGCAGCCAGUUCUUCUUCACACUGGACCGGGCUGACCACCUGCACGGCAAACACACCAUCUUCGCUAAGGUUACAGGAAAGACGGUUUACAACAUGCUGAAGCUUGCAGAGGUAGAAGUGGACGGGGAGGACAGGCCGCUGCACCCUCACAAGAUCAAGGCCACUGAGGUCCUCUUCAACCCGUUUGAUGACAUCGUUCCUCGUGAGAUUAUUCGGGAGGAGAAGAAGGAGAAGAAAGAAGAGGCGAAGAGCACGGCGAGAGCCACUAAAAACUUCAAACUUCUGUCGUUCGGAGACGAGGCAGAGGAGGAUGAAGAGGAGGUGAAUGCAGUAACAGAAGAGCUCCGUCCCAAGGGCAAGAGCAGCCAUGACCUUCUGAAGGACGACCCGCGGCUCAGCUCAGUCCCCGCCGUCCCCACAUCACCCUCUGCUGCAGAUAAUCAGAAGAGAAAGAAGCAAGACUCUGACGACAGUUCUGACUCUGACCAAGAUUCAGAUUCUCCAGACGAGGACAAGGAAGCCAUCAAGGAGAAGAUCCGGAAAAAGCUGAAGACCACUGCCAACGUCGAGACUCCUGCGGGAGAGGAGAAAGUAGAAACUGAUCAGGACACGAAGAGCAGGAUCGAAGCCUUGCGGGAAGAGACCAGAGCGCUGAAGAGAGAACUCCAGAGAAGACAGAAGGCAAAACAAGAAGAAGAGGAAGAGAAAGAAAGAAUGAAGGAAGAGGAGAAGGAGGAAAAAGAGGACGCCCUGGCAGAUUUCCACUCGGAACGACAGAAAUACCUGGAGAAGAAACAGAAGGAGAAGAAGAAGGGAGGGUCGAGAGAAGAGGAGACUCUGGCCCUGCUGUCCAAGUUUCAGAACAAACUGUUCUCAGUGAGGAAGGAGUCCACAGGUGAGGAGGAGGAAGAAGAACAAGAGGAAGAGGAGGAGGAGGAGGAGCAACCGUUGGGAGACAGCUGGAUGGCACAUAGGCUGCACUUCGAGGCACAGCAGGUCCAGGCGAAGGAUGCGAACGUGGUGACGGCGGACAGCUACGACAUCUACGACCCGCGUAACCCGAUGAACAAGCGGAGAAUGGAGGCCAGCAAACAGGCCAUGAAGGAGAAGGGACGCAAAUUUGUCAAGGACCAGUAGUGUAGGUAACACUAACAAAGUUUGUGUACGUUUGGUUCAGUUCAGUUUCACAUAACUGGUAAACUGCCUUUAGUUAUUAUAGGUGUAAUACACCUUUUAUUUUCUUUACUUCAAGAUUCACCACAAAACAAGGCUCAUGAGAGCGGUGACUCAAAAUGUUUUGGGUUACUGUACAGCCAGUGAGGACAGAUGUUUGUUGACCUUAGACUUGAAGUUGAAAACUGGUGAACUGCCUUUGGUGUAAUACACCAGUUUUGUACAGGAAGUACAAGCUGUGUAAUACAAAAAGUUUGUGAAACACCUUGCAGUUGUGUGCAGGUAACAGCUUUGUGUACGUUCGGUUCAGUUUGGUUGAGUUUCACAUACAUGUAGCUGGUAAACUGCCUUAGGUGUAAACACACCAGUAUUAUAUGAUUGUAUAGUAUGUAGAGGGGGGGGGGGUAUAUACAAAUGUUUGGGAUUGUGUUCUCGCCACAAAAGUGCCACCUACAUCGGCUACAUAAAGUGGCGAAAAGCAGAACUUCAGUCAGAAACUCUGAGGAAGGUGUCUGAUACACACCGAAACAUAAGCAAGGUGAGAUGAAUAAUUCUUAUUCAAUUGCUUGUUUUAAAGGCAACUCCUAUAUCAUAUACUUUACCAAUAUGAUGAAACUAUUUUCGGAAGUAUGUAGCAGCGUAAGACCAGACUAUAAGGUAAAAUGUAUUUCAUAAUGAAUUAAAAGACAUACUAGUAAUUAAUUCUUGUCAUAAAAUACUGUUGCUGAGACUUUCAGUGACUUGAUUCUUACUUGUUGUAAAUGAAUAUUAUAAAUGGUUCCUUGUUAACGUGAUAGUACUAUGCAGUAUAUCUUUAUUGUUUUUUUUUUUCAUUUGAGUGUAUAAAAGAUGAAUCAUGAGACGUUUUUAGUUUUUUGUUUGUUGGUUAAUUGUUGUUUACUUAAGAUGUAUGGGAAAAGCACAGUUUGUAAUUAUAGUUACAUGUUACUACACCAUGAUGUUGCUAUACGUGAUGUUACUAUACGUGAUGUUA